AAAAAAAAACUAUAUAAGUUUAAAACAUCUCUCUGUGUGUGGUAUUUGUAUAUUAUGUGUGCCUGUGAAUUGCAUGUGUGUGAUGUGUAAAUGUGAGUGUGUGUGCCCAUGGGUGCUCAGAGGGAGGGCAGAGGAAAGGAUUGGGUGCUCCUGACUUUAAAACAAGACAAAGAAGAACAGAAACACAUAGUUGACAAAGGACUCACACAGAGAAUAUAAAAAUCACUCCUCUGUGAUUAGAACGAGAGCAGCCCACUAGAAAGUAGAGGUGAGGGGGCAGACAAACGGACAGACUCUUCACCUUAAACAAUGUGUGGCUGGGAAAAAUGCAUUCGAAGAUUCCAGGGCAGCUUUUGGGACUCAACACUCAUCCUCCACCUUUGAGUCGUUCUGAUUUCGGCUGCUGUAUUGUGUGCUCCAGGCUAGCCGGAGAAUCUUGGCAAGUCUCCUUCCUGCCUCAGUUUCCCAUCUCCCCAAUAGAGUGUUGGGAUUACAGAUGAAUGUCACAGCAUCCAGAUGUUUGUUUUUUUUUUUUUUGUUUUGUUUUUUUGUUUUUUCUUUUCUUUUUUUCGGAGCUGGGGGCCGAACCUUGUUUUUUUUUAAACAAUGGCUCUCUCUAUGCUGGCUCUCUAUGUAGCCCUGGCUGGCUUGGAACUCACAAAAAUCCGUGUCAGGCUAAAUGUCCAUCUUUUUCACGUGGGUUCUAGGGGUAAAAGUCAGGUGAUGGGGGGGGGCUUGCCGGCUCCAUUACCUGCUAAGCCACCUCCCAGGGCCUCACAGAGAUAGUUACUUUUUUUGGAAUUUAUUUCUGUGGUUCUGGCAAUUAAUCUUAGGGCUUUGCGCGUGUUAGGAAAGUGUUCUAUCACUGAGCAGCAUCUCCAAACCAUCGGAUCGGUUUUUGUUGACACCAGUGGUGUCUGGAGACACAGACAGUGUUUCUCUGUAGCUCAGGCUGACCUGGAACUCACUACGUGGUCACUAUUGGCGCCAACUCGAAUCCUUCUGUGUUAGCCUCCUGAGUGCUGGGAUUACAGGACUGAACCAUCACAUUCAAUUAAUGUAUUGCUUUUUAAAAAAAAUUUAUUUAAUGUAUACAGGACCUAGAUAUACAUAUAUGACCUAUGUGCCAGAAGAAAGCACAUUAUAAAUGGUUAUGAGCCACCAUGUAGUUGCUGGGAAUUGAACUCAAGACCUCUUAACUGCUGAGCCAUCUCUCUAGCUCAAUGUAUUUUUAAAUCUAACACCUGAAAAACAUAUUUGGUUUGUUUUUAUUUGUUGGCGUUUUUUUUUUUUCUUUUUUCUUUUUCUUUUUUUUUUUUUUUUUUUUCGGGGCUGGGGAUCGAACCCAGGACCUUGCGCUUCCUAAGCAAGUGCUCUACCACUGAGCCAAAUCCCCAACCCCUUGUUUUUAAAACACUUUUAUUCAUGUGUAGUUGGCAUUCAAGACAUGGAUGAUAUUUGAAGUAGUUAAUUCGGCAUGUUUUGAUGGGUGUGUAUCCAGGAAGUCUUCAGUGCCAUCAAGAUAAUGAAAGUAACUGUCAUCCCUACCUGUUUCCUAUGUCUCUUCCCGAUCACUUCCUUAUUUAUUUUCUUGUAUUUCCUAAAACUUUAUAUAAACAGAUUCACACAGUAUGUUCUGUCUGUCUUCAUUCACUCAGCAUAAUUACUUUUCAGUUUUAAAUUGUUUUUUGAUUAUUUAUUUAAUGUAUAUAAGUAUACUGUAGCACCAGAAGAGGGCAUCUGAUCCCAUUGCAAAUGGUUGUGAGCCACCAUGUGGUUGCUGGGAAUUGAACUCAGGACCUCUGGAAGAGCAGCCAGUGCUUUUAACCACUGAGCCGCCUCUCCAGCCUCCAAGUUUUAAAUUUUCAUUACUCUAAAUUAUGUGUAGCCUGGUGUGGUGGUGCAGACCUUUAAUUCCCACACUCAGGAGGAAAAGGCAGGUGUACCUCUGGAGUUCCCAGACAAUCUGUUCUACACAGUGAGUUCCAGGUCAGGCAACAUUACAUAUUCAGAAUCUAAAAUACGUGUAUGGGGGCGUUACUUCUUGUGGGUGCAGCUGCCUGCAGAGGCUAGAGGCACUGGGUCCCCUUGGAGCUACAUAGUGAAUCUCCAGGCUAACUUGAGCUAUCUAGUAAGACCGUGGCUUUUUUUUUUUUUUUUUUUUUUUCUGAGACAGGAUUUCCCUGUGUAGUCCUGGCUAUCCUGUAGAUGUCUAGCCUUGAACUCAGAGAUCCACCUGCCUCUGCCUCCCUAGUGCUGGGAUCAAAGGUGUGCACCACUGUCACCCGGGGAAGCCUUGAGUGUUUUACCUGCACGAGAGCAUGAUUGGUACCCACUUGGGUCAGAAGACAGUGUUGGAUUCCCUGAGAUGUGAAUUAUCGAUGAAUGUGGGUCCUGGGAAUUGAACCACUCUGAGAUAGCUCAGUUCUUAAUCACUGAGCUAUCUCACCAAUGAGCCUUAAGGGGAAAAAGGUAGUAUAUCAGUAUCAUUUUAGCCCCAGUAAAGUGUUACUAUCGAUAUAAACAACACUGUGAGUUAUUCAUUUUGUUUUGUUUUAUUUAUGACGGUGUCUCACUCUGUAGCCUGGACUGGUCUGGAACUUACUAAAAAGCCCAGGCUAGCCUCAAACUCAAAACGACCUUCCUCUCCCAGCCUCGUCAAUAUUUAGAUUAUAAUUUUGGUUCACCAUUCUGGGCUUCAUAGGUAAUACCUAAAAGCAUCAUAUGAAAUUAAGAGUUGGAAGUAUGGCUCAGUGGUAGAGUCUUCCUGGUGAGCAUUAAGGACCCAGGUUCAAUUCCCUAGCUCCCCCUCAAAAACAAAACAAAAUAUGUGAAUUGAAUUUGCUGAAAGCAAAUAUUAGUACCAAUGUAACAGUAUUUAAUUUUUAACAUUUAUUUAUGUAUUUGUGUAUGCACAGAGAUUAUAGACCAAGUUGAAGUUCUUUUUCUCCUUGUUCUAUGUGGGUCCUGGGGAUUGAACCCAGAUCAUGGGACUUGGCAUCAAGCACCUUUACCUGCUGAUCCAGCUCACUGGACCCACAACUUUAAAUAUAAGAUAGCUAUGUUUCCCUUUGGUUGGAGAGAUGGCUCAGGGGUUAAGAGCACUGUCUGCUCUUCCAGAGGUCCUGAGUUCAAUUCCCAGCAACCACAUGAUGACUCAUAACCAUCUGUAAUGGGAUCAGAUGCCCUCAUCCGGUGUCUGAAGACAGUGACAGUGUACUCACAUACAUAAGUUAAAUAAAUAAAUCUUUAAAAAAAAGAGAGAGAGAGAGAGAGAGACAGCUAUGAGCAGGCAAAAAUGAUCUAUAUGUUUCUUUCUUUCUUGUGUUGUUUUGGGACAAGAUUGCAGCCACCUGCUACCACAUUCAGUUUAUGCAGGGCUGGGAUCAAGCCCGGAACCUAGGAAAUACUAGGCAGUACUCCACCAACGGAGGUACAGCCCCAGCCCCUCUAUUUGUCCCGGAAGAGUAUUUAUUUAAUUUAAAUUUGUAUUUAUUUUUACGUAUACAGGUGUUUUAUGUACACAUCUGUAUACCACAUGGAUGUCCUGUGCCCUGAGGAACCAGAAGAGAGGGACUGGAGCUACAAAGAGUUGUGGGGCAGCAUAUGGCUGCUGAGAAUGGAAGUUGGGUCCUCUCAACGAACAGUCAAUGCUCUGAACUGCUGAGCCAUCUCUCCAGCCUAAUAUUCUUAGCUUUAAAAUCAUGUGUAUACACGUGGGUUUGUACACCUGAGCAUGCAGAAGAGGGCUGUGGGUGCCGGGAACUGAACUCAAGUGCUCUGUAAAAGCAGCACAUGUUUAUAACCACUAAGUCAUCUCCCCAGCAGCUUAAAAUCCAUAUUUAAGAUUUAUUUAUUUAUAUAUUAUUAAGAUUAAAAAAAAUGUGUGUACACUGUUGCUGUCUUCAGACACUCCAGAAGAGGGCAUCAGACCCCAUUACAGAUGGUUGUGAGCCACCAUGUGGCUGCUGGGAAUUGAACUCAGGACCUCUGGAAGAGCAGUCAGGGCUCUUAACCUCUGAGCCAUCUCUCCAAGCCCCUAAAAUACAUUUUUUAAUUGCAGGUUUUUAUUUUAAAAUUUAUGCGUAUGGGAGUCUUGUCUUUAUGUAUAUGUGUGGAUCAGUUGGGUGCCUAUGGAGGAUUAAACUAUAUAUUUAAAGAGGGCUGGAGAGAGGGCUCAGAGGUUAAGAGCACUGGUUGGUUGCUCUUGCAGAGGACUUGGGUUCAACCUGCAGGGCCCUCGUGGUGGCUCCUGACCAUCUGUAACUUCACAGGCGUGUCUGUGGCAGUGCUGGUGUAUAGACGCAUAUGGAGGAAAUACAUCCACUCACAUAAAAUUUCUAAAAAAUUUUAAAGGAAUCAAAACCAAGUACUACACAACAAAAAAUUACCAGUGCUAUUUUAAAAGCAGGGAAUAAUGGCAGACCGUCUACGGAAAUCAUCAGAUCAGAUUGCGCUGACAGAUUGCUUUACAACUAACACACAUUGCACCUACUAUGUGCCUACACUGUUCUGGGACUUAAACCAGGAUGAGGUUUCCAACCCUGCAGAGCCCACAGUGCAUCAAACAUGACAGACAUAGAGGGAACAAGUAAGAGCGUGUCUAGUUGGCAGACAAGAGAAGCGGUAAGAAAUCAUACAUGUAGAGCUGCCGUGGGAUUUUCCUACCGAUGCUGGAACAUCCCCGUGUUUCCCAAUAUGGAGAGGUGAGGGAAUGACAGCUGCUGUGUUCGUGCCUGCAUUCUUCCUUGGGACAGGAGGCAGAUCAGAUAUCUAAGCCUGGAAGCUUCCUCUCUGGGACCCCACAAGAAAAGUGUGAAAGAAUGGCCCUCCUUGGAGCAUUCUUCAGGAGCCCAGCUGUACGCCAAAGCGACGGCUUACGCCUUCCACGCUAGUCCUAGGGAGGUAAAAGCAGGCAGAUCUCUGCGAGUUCAUGCUUGGGCGGCAUAACCUCAAAAACGUGGGUUUGGGCUGGAGAGAUGGCUCAACACUUAAGAGCACUUGCUGCUCUUCAGAGAGUAUAGUUCCCAGUACCCACUCCAGUGGUUCGCACCCACUUUUAACUCCAGUUUCAGGGGACCCAGCACUCUUCUGGCCUCUGUGGGCACUGACAUACAUUCAUGUAGGUACACAGACAUAGGCUACUGGGGGCUGUUAUAGAAGUGCCUCACUUCUAGGACCAGAGCUGAUGUCAUCGGGUAACAGCACCAACGCUCUAUCCUGGCUCCAUCCCAAAGCUUCCUGUGCCUUUUAGCUUCCCUUCCAGGGAUACAAAAUGCCCAUUAGAGCCUCUCUCCUAAAGGCAGUGUCUGUGUCCUGAUUAACUUGCUACCUACAGUCCCAUACCUGGGCAGAGGAACUACAAGGAUUUGGGGAAGAACAGCAUGUGGGACAAGGCGAGGAGAAGGAGAGCUAGGGAGAGUGGGGAAGACUGUCAAGACUGUAAAGAAAGGCAAGCGGAAGGAAGGUUAACCUAAAGGCUCACCUGUCCUACAAAUGGGAGGAGCUCAGCCUGGGCGUCCGCCACUAAGUGCCACCAGGGAAUUCGAUUGUUCAGGACCAGUUUCCAGGACCCGCCCUCCACAGCCUGGGGUCCCGCCCUUCUUAGGAUUUAUUGCCCGUCACUUGGGCGGCCCCCGCAGCUGCCUCUUCCGCUUUCGCCAGGCUAUCCAUUUAAAGCAGACUGCCGUCCUCCGGAGAGGUCUAACCCCAGACAUGCUCCCCGAAGCCAGUUCCCUGUGGCUCCUUCGGCUGCUCCGGGACGUCCAGCUGGCCCAGUUCUACCGGCCCAUCCUUGAGGAACUCAACGUCACUCGGCCAGAACAUUUUGACUUUGUAAGGCCUGAGGACCUGGACAACCUUGGCAUGGGCAGGCCUGCCCAACGAAGACUUACUGAAGCCCUGAAGAGGUACCGUUCGGGGGUCAAGUCUAAGAACUGGGUGUACAAGAUACUUGGGGGUUUUGCUCCUGAACAGAAGGAGAUCCCUCCAUACUCAGACAGUCUUCCACACCUCCAUGAGCCAGAGGGGGGACUCAAGUGUCUGAUUCCAGAGGGUGCUGUGUGCAGAGGGGAACUGCUGGGUUCAGGCUGCUUUGGUGUUGUACAUCAAGGGCUAUGGACACUACCCGGUGGUCAAAGUAUCCCAGUGGCUGUCAAGUCCCUCCGUGUGGGUCCCGAGGGUCCGAUGGGCACAGAACUGGGAGACUUCCUGCGGGAAGUGUCUGUCAUGAUGAAACUGGAGCACCCACAUGUGCUGCGCCUGCAUGGCCUCGUACUGGGCCAGCCUCUACAGAUGGUGAUGGAACUUGCGCCACUGGGUUCCCUGCAUGCGCGCCUGACUGCCCCAGCACCGAUGCCCCCACUGCCUGUAACCCUACUGUGCCUUUUUCUGCGUCAGUUGGCAGGAGCCAUGGCGUACUUGGGGUCCUGUGGGUUAGUGCACAGGGAUCUUGCUACCCGUAACCUCCUGCUAGCCUCACCUCGGAAGAUCAAGGUGGCUGAUUUUGGACUGGUGCGGCCACUGGGCGGCGCCCGAGGUCGCUACGUUAUGGGUGGGCCCCGUCCCAUCCCCUAUGCCUGGUGCGCUCCUGAGAGCCUACGCCAGGGAGCCUUCUCGGCUGCCUCCGACGUGUGGAUGUUUGGCGUGACACUCUGGGAAAUGUUUUCUGGAGGCGAGGAACCCUGGGCAGGUGUUCCACCAUAUCUCAUCCUACAGCGGCUGGAGAAGGACCGAGCCAGGCUGCCAAAGCCUGCCCUCUGUUCCAGGGCCCUCUACUCCCUUGCCUUGCGUUGCUGGGCCCCUCAUCCUGCAGACCGGCCUACCUUUUCCAAUCUGGAAGGACUGCUUCAAGAGGCUUGGCUCUCUGAGGGGCGCUGUGUGAGGGAGGUCACAGAGCCAGGUGCUUUGCGGAUGGAGCCCGGUGACCCCAUCACUAUCAUUGAGGGCAGCCCAGACACCACAACCUGGAAGGGACAGAAUGGUCGCACCCUCAAAGUGGGCAACUUUCCGGCUUCAGCAGUGACACUAGCAGACUUGGGGGGAUCCCCAGUCACCCAUCCAGUCCACAGAGGUUCCCCUGCCCGUGGAGAGAAAUACAGAGGGGGCACAGAUGGGGACAGGGAGAAGGCAGUGUUACAAGACCUACCCCCGGCACGGAACCAGAGAAGGAAGGUGCCCCUGCAGAGGAUGAAAGGCAUUUCCAAGAGUCUGGAGUCAGUUCUGUCCCUGGGCCCUAGACCCGCAGGAGGUGGUUCAAGCCCUCCAGAACUUCGACGAGGAUGUACUAGAGCUUGGCCUCAAGGACUCGCAGACCUCCCUCCACGCCCACCAGACCUGCCUCCACGCCCACCCAUCAUCUGCUCCUCUCAGCCCAUCCAGCCCCACAGAGUCCGGCCCAAAAGAGAACCCUUACAUAAUCACUGCACUGGAGCGCCUGGGUCCAGCAAAGUCACUAUCCCCCCUGGAGGUCCCUUAUCAGACUCGGAGUGGCAGAGGAAGAUUGUAGAGGUAGAGCUGAGUGUGCAUGGCGUCACCUACCAGGAGUGCCAAAUGGCACUCAGAACCAUGGGGGGAGAUGUGGCUUCUGCUAUCCGGAACCUCAAGGUAGACCAGCUCUUCCACCUCAGUAACCGGUCCAGAGCAGAUUGUCGUCGCAUUCUGGAGCAUCACCACUGGGACCUGUCAGCAGCCAGUCGCUACGUCCUGGCCCGGUCCUGAACUCUGCAUCCUUGGGGAUGGAUCCCAGCAUGGAGUACCUGGUCCACUUAGGGCUUGGCCUUGUGGGACUAAACAGAACAUGAGGUCCUGACGAGGCAUACUAAGGGAGAUGUACCUCCUGUGAGGAGGUACAGGAAGUGUGCGGGACACCUGGGGUCAGGCCCUGGUUAGUGCUUCCUCCACACCCUGCUCCUUGGCAUCUGAGGGAUUGAGCUGGAUCAAGUCCACUCUGCUGACUACAUUCCCAGUUGAAUAGGACUUGAAAGAAAAAGCUUCGGAGGAAGUCUUCUACUCACCACAGACAAGGAUCAAGUAGCAAUCCCGGAUCAUGGGAUAACCGUCAGAACUGUUAUUAGCUACCUCCCUAGACUCUGUGGGGCACUCAUCUUAGAUACUGACUUGUGGACUGUGGCCCAAACUGCUUUGGUUUGGCCCAGAAUCACCAUGGGUGUUGAAAACUAACUUUUUGGACUCAA